AUGGCGACCACAUUACAGCGUCAAGACGAAUGGGCACAAUUCCUACAUGGGGAGAAAGCUAGAGCUGGAUUUGUUGAACAAUUGUUAAAUGACUUCGAAUCAGCCCAGAAGAAGCUACUCGAGACUGAAGAAGAAUUGGAUCGUGAAAAGGAAAAUACUAAAAAUUGGCAUAAAAGAUUCAAAGAGGUCAACGUGGAGCUCGAGAAUAAGAAUCAUGAUUUGUUCCUUGACUCUUUUAUCCAGGCCAAGGAGCUCGGUGGACAAGAAGCCGCACGAAUGCUUCGAGAUUGUGCAUCAGACUACGUUCGUCGGGAGUUACCUCAACUUCAUCAAAAAGCCAAAGUGCUGGUCCGAGUAUAUUGCAACUUUAAAGGUCUCAGCAAGAGGUAUUGCGAGCUAGAGAUCUUGCAAGACGCUGAUGGUCUGGCUCGUUUCGCGCGAGGGUUCAAUAUGGGUGACCCUUUAUGUGACUUUGUUGACGCUGGUUCGGGCAAAGAAUGCUCGGACCAUAAAUUGCGUGAGUUAUUCGAGCUCCAUGUUGGUCAGAUGCAGUGCAAACAUAUCAUUUUUGGCGGAUCAGCCGAUAACGGUUACGCACGCCUAUUUGGGCCGUACAGCAACAACAUCGGCGUCCGAAACAGAGUGACAUUGCUUGAAGGGGCACCUUUCGCAGCAGAAAUGGUGUAUCUAGCCAACAAAUACCGCAAAACCUCUUUCAAAAGCAUUUUCCGUGAGGAGAAGAUACCUACCCGUAGGGUCUCUUUCUCUACUACGCCACCCAAAUCGGUGAGCCCCAAGCCAUCAACUUGGGCUGAUACUGCAAGGGUCAACUCUACCGAAUGGCAAUACGAUGUUACUCGAGCUACGACUCCACCCUCUUUGGAACGGACAGAUGGUGUCUUUCGAAAUGGUAGAGGACAACGAGUGGACGUGCCCAUCAAGGUUUCUCCAACGCUCGUCAGCCAGAUGAAGCCGAAGAAGCUAUGCAACCUACACUAUUUAGCAGGCGUCUGCAACUAUUCUGAUUGUAAACACAGCCAUUCGGAGUCCCUUGACGGGAAGAAGCUUGAUGCUCUCCGUGUUGUGGCACGCUUGGCGCCUUGUUCUCAGGGGCUUUAUUGUGACGACGAGCUUUGCUUCUCGGGGCAUCGUUGCCCUCGUGAUCCGUGUAUCAAUGGUGAUGGGCGGUGCUGGUUUCCACUCGAGAUGCAUAAUGUGGACACAAAAAUUGUGACUUAG